AUGGAACUGCCUUUCGAAGUAUUAAUUUAUCUUUUUAAAUACCUACCAAAACCAGAUAGAAAAUCUGCAAGUGAAACAUGCCGCUCGUGGUACCUUGCUGCUAAUGCUCACUGCUUUUUAAAGAAUAAAGUAGUUGUUUUAUAUAAGUCAAUACUUAGUGAUGAAGAAUCAUCUCCUCUUAAAAUUUUUGAAAAUUCACCAAUUAUUUAUAGUAACUACUACUUUAAUGAAGUAGAAAUAUCAAAUAAACUGAAUGAAUUUUGGGACAGAGCUGGAGAAAACAUCAAAUGCUUGACUUUUAAAAAUUGUGAUAUUUGUGAAAAAGUAUUUGUAUAUAUUCUACAAAAAUGUCCAACCUUAGAAUCACUAAACAUUGAGAGUUGCAAAGAUCUGUUUAUGUCAGGUCGCUUAUUAGAAGGGAGGUCGGAUGGCCUGUUGGUUAACAAUCUUGAUAACUUGAGAUCGUUGAGUCUGUCUGGCAAUCAAUAUCUCACAGAUGCAUUAUUUAGCCGCUUUGUAAAAGCAGCUCCAGUCCUUCAACACUUGAAUUUCUCAGGAUGCUCUUUGCAGUUCCACUUAGGAUUGGUAAAGAAAUUUUAUCCUUCAUGUACAAAUAUUUUUGAAAACCCAUCAGAAAGUGUUCUAACUUUCUACUUUGUUUUACAAUUUAUAAUAUCACAUGCUAAUUAUAUAAAAAGCUUACAGUUUUCGAAUACAUUAAUAGAUGGAGCUGCUCUAAAAACCUUAUCAGAAGUUGAGAACCUGAAAUUAAAUACACUAGAAGUUCAUUUCUGUGACCAGCUCACUAACACAGGUAUAUUAGCACUUACAACACAUCAGGCUUCAUUAAAGGAACUGGAUAUAGGUUUAUGCUCAAGAGUAACUGACCAAUCAUUGGUACAUAUUUGUAACAAUUUAGUUAACUUGGAAUAUUUCAAUAUGCAAAGGUGCAGAGCUGUGACAGACUUAGGAAUAGUAGAACUGUAUAAAUUAAAAAAAUUGAAAUCACUCAACAUUUCUCAGUGUGAACUAAUCACAAACAAUGGCUUGGAAAAAGGUAUAUGUGCUGAAGAAAAUAGCACUUUAGAAGAUUUGGAUCUAAAUUCAUUAAAUUUAGAUCAAACUGGCGUCAUAAUGAUAUCAGAAAAAUUACCCAAUUUACGCUCUUUAGACUUAAGUUACUGUGUUCAUGCGGUAACUGAUACAUCCAUACAAGUUAUAUUUAAAAACCAAAUUUUGUUACACACUUUAAGAAUAAGUCAUUGUGAUGAAGUUUCCGAUGCAGGUUUAACUGGCAUGGGAAAAUUACAAACGGAAGUAGAUGAUGAUGCGCCUAUAAUGUCAAAUUAUGAUGAAGCUCAAACACAUAAUAAAAUACAUUUAGGGUCUAGAGCUGAAGAAGAAAUUGUACGAGAUGCAAAAAGAAAAAGAGAUGUUAUGCGUAUGUGUGAAAAACUAUCAAUGGAUUCGUAUACUGGCUAUUCGUUAGCACGUUUAAAAGGGUUAAGAGUACUAGAUAUAAGUGGCUGCAACAGAAUCACUGAUGUCAGCUUGACAUAUGCAUUUACUUUCAAGGAACUUGUCAACCUUAAUUUGAGUAAGUGCCAACAAAUAACACAUGAAGGUAUUGGACAUCUAGUCAGAAACUGCCCAAGCAUUGAAUACUUUAACCUAACAGACUGUUUUAAUUUAAAAGAUGAUGCUGUUAAAGAAAUUGUUAGAGGCUUGAGACGGCUGCAACAGUUGGAAUUACGGGGGUGCAAUCAGCUGACAGACAAAACUUUAGAAGCUGUUAGAUCUCAUUGUAAGGGGCUUAAGUUUUUAGAUGUACAAGGCUGUCGAUAUAUUUCCCCUGAACUUGUUUGUGCUAUUGGAUCUUUACCAACCCUACAUACUGUAUUGAUGUCUAAACCGGGACCAUAUAUUACUGAUGGCGUCAAGAACCGAUCACCAGCUCCAACAUUUUUGCCUGCGUUAAUGAGAAAACUGCGCUUGCAUUAA